UCUCUCCCCCUCCCCUGUCUCUCUCCCUCCCCCUUUCUCUCUCUCCCCCUCCUCUCUAUCUCUCCCCCUCCCCCCCCCCCCCCCUCCCCCUCCCACUCCUCUAUCUCCCCACUCCUCUCUCUCUCUCCCCCUCCUCUCUCUCCCCUCCUUAUCUCCCCCCCCUCUCUCUUUACUUGGGGGGAAAUGUCUGUGCGUCUUAUGGAGCGGCCGGCCCAGUAUUCCCGCCGCUGUUGUAUGUCCGCAGUCUCUGGUCAUCUCCUGUACUAUGUCCGCAGUCUCUGGUCAUCUCCUGUACCGUGUCCGCAGUCUCUGGUCAUCUCCCGUACUGUGUCCGCAGUCUCUGGUCAUCUCCAGUACUGUGUCUGCAUUUGUUCA